AUGUCUCUCCAGACCCCCCGCAUCCUCCCCGCCCACCUGCACGCCUUCCACCCCUCGAGCUCCGGCCCGCGUUCAACACACACCGUCCGCCUGUUGGGCACCGUGUCCGCUCUCCACGGCGAUACUGCGACAAUUACAUGUGGUGGAAAUGGCGAUGUCACACUCAUCCUCAAGCCGGACUCUCACCUCCAGAUGGGGAAACUUGUUGAAGUGAUCGGGAAGGUUGCUGAUCUUGAGGGUGGACAGGGUCUCGGCAUUCGGGUGCUCGGAACAACGGACUGGGGCAAUCCCGCCGAUUGUGAUUACAAGAUCUAUGAGCAGGUCGUUGAGGCUACGCACCGUUUCAAGAGCGUCUUCUACGAUGCCGAGUAA